UUUACUGCGUGUAAGUUGCGCUGUCUCUCUCUCUUUUCUUCACCGUCUCUUCCUACGUCCAUUCUGUUUCGUUGCUAUUUCCUGGACAGAGCCUUUCUAAUUCCCAACCAUUUUCAAAAAUCUCUCUUCUCUUCCACUUUCCUCUCCAACUAGCUUCAGAUCCGCCUCUUGAUUCUACUUUCCGGCGCAGAUUUUGGUCUGAUUUUUGUCGGUGCUUUUGGUUGGAAAUUUUCGAUUCUCUUCCACCGACAUCAAUUGUUUUGUACUUUUCAUGAUGCGAGAUGUGGGUCUUGAUCUUUGGUUCGAUAUUUCUCGUUCUCUUGACAGCUGAUGCGUCCUGGAAAUUUUGAGGUGAGCUUCACUUAAAUUUUCUGUGGAACUGGUUGGAAGGAGCUGUUAAUUUCAGUACCAUCAAGGCAUCAACGAUGAAGAAGGUCUUUGGUCAGACUGUUAGGGAUAUUAAGAGAGAAGUUAAUAAGACAGUGCUUAAAGUUCCUCGACUAGAGCAGAAGGUUCUUGAUGCUACUAGCAAUGAGCCGUGGGGCCCUCAUGGAUCACUUCUUGCAGAGAUUGCACAAGCAAGCAAAAACUACCAUGAGUGUCAGAUGAUCAUGGCAGUAAUCUGGAAGCGUGUUAAUGACUCGGGCAAAAAUUGGCGGCAUGUGUACAAGGGUUUAACUGUCUUGGAGUAUCUGGUGGCUCAUGGAUCAGAGCGAGUGAUAGAUGAAAUCAAGGAUCAUGCAUACCAAUUAUCAGCCUUGUCCAGCUUUCAAUAUAUUGAUUCCAGUGGAAGGGAUCAAGGAGCAAAUGUUCGAAAGAAGUCACAGAGUCUUGUGGUUCUUGUGAAUGAUCCAGAAAGAAUCAGUGAGAUUAGGCAGAAGGCUAAUGCCAACAGGGACAAGUUUCGAAGUGCAUCAUUAGCUGGCGGAGCACAAAGGCAGGGGUAUGGAGACCGUUAUGAUGAUGAUUUUAAUGAGGGACGUUACGGAAGCAGGGAUGAUGAUAGGAAUAGCAAUGGUUAUGGAAGGGAAAGAGAAUAUGACUAUAGAGAUGAUGACCGUGGUAGGAAUUCCGACUCAAACAGACGUGAUGGAGAUCGCUAUAGCAGAGAUGGUGAAGAACGCCAUGGAAGAGAGAGUCCCAGGGAUGGUGAUAAUUGGGGUCGAAGAAGUGUUGAUGACCACCAAUAUGGUGCAAGAAGGGAUCAAGAUAGAGACCAUGAUGACAGUGCCCGUGAUGGUAGUGGAAGAGGUGAUGUCAGGUCACCAGAUGUGAGGCGGCAUGAUAAUAAAUUUUCAGAGCAAGACACUGGUGCACCUCCUAGUUAUGAAGAGGCAGUGAGUGAGUCCCGAAGCCCACCAGCUCAUAGCGAAAGGGACCAAGAAACCUCAACCUCUGCUCCUGCUACUUCAUCUGCCCCUGUUACCAGUGCACCUAGCCAGUCAAGUCCCGUACAUGGUGCUCCAACAUCUGCUGACCAGUUAAUUGGGAACUUUGAUGAAUUUGACCCUCGCAGUUCAGUCUCAGCUGCUCCAACUAUUCCACCAAACAAUGCUGAGAUGGACUUACUUGGUUCACUGACAGAUUUUUCUUCAAACUCACUGGCCGUUAUGGCAAUGGCAUCUGCAAAUGUGACUGGGGCCUUUGAGCCUGAUUCACACAUGAACUCUGGUGCAGGAACUCCGCAGACUACUACAACAGUAGCCAAUAUCAGUAAUCAGAAUUUUGAAGAUCCUUUUGGUGACACUCCUUUUAAAGCUAUGCCUUCUAAUGAUGGUGCCCCUCAAUUCCAUUCUUCUGCUAUGACAGAUCCACUCCAGUGUUCCCUGCACCAAAACGUUGGACAACCGCAUCCUAAUACAAUGACAGAUCCACUCCAGUCUUCUCUGCACCAAAGCCUUGAGCAGUCCCAUCCUUCUACUACGACAGAUCCUUUCCAUUCUUCUCUGCACGAAGGCCUUGGACAAUCCCAAGGAGCUAUCCCGGAAACAAACCAAGUCUCUAAUUCUGAAUAUGGUAAUGCAUUUUCUGCUUCAACUGGUGCAUCCGGCUUAUCCAGCUUGCAAGCAUCAUCAGACCCACAGUUCCUUCAAGGGCCCUCCACUACUCCAGACCCUGAGAUUGAUAUACUGGCAGAUAUUCUACCUCCUUCUGGACCUCCAUCUAACCCAGCAUCCUUGUCAACUUAUUCCUUCCCUGGCGACCAGCCUGCGUUGGCUACUCCCUUCUCAGAUCCUGGUCAACCUCUUCAGCAAAAUUUUACAGCUUUAAGCAAUCCACCUUCAGAACCAAAUGCUAGUUCAUUCCUUAAUGUGCAACCCCAGUCCGGAGCUACAGCAUCGUUGAACUCAAAUAUGGCUUUUCAGCCUCAAAGUGCACCUACUGGACAGUUUGCCUAUGGGGCCCCAGAGGGAGGAUCUACAGCAACACCUACUGGACAAGUUAGCUAUGGGGCCCCACAAGGAGGAUCUACAGCAGCACCUACUGGACAGGUUGGCUAUGGGGCUCCACAGGGAGGAUCUACAGCACUAGGACAGGUUGGGUAUGGGCCCCCGCAGGGAGGAUUUUCAGCACCUACUGGACAGUUUGGCUAUGGGCCUCCACAGGGAGGAUCUGCAGCACCUACUGGACAGUUCGGCUAUGGAGGGGGCCCACAGGGAGGUUCUACUGCUCCUUUCUAUACACAGAUGGCUUCAACCAGCAGUCCAAAUGCACAGGCUAGUGGUGGUAGCUAUUUUGUACAGAAUGGAGGAUCUGCUGCUCCUGUUACUUCACAACUUUCUCAGCAAAAUCCAAGUGGGUCAGCUGCUCCACUUGGCAGUGGAAACGUGCAGCACCAUGGUUUUACAGCCCCACCAGUAGCUUCACAAGGAGCUUAUCAGGUUCAAAAUGGUUAUGCUGCACAGCAAAAAAGUGAUGAUUUUCUGGGCAGCAUUCUUCCGCAAGCUGUACCCCCUCAAGUUCCUUCACAGCAAGGUUUUCCAGCAUCAACGGGUUCACUUUUGAUAGCAUCUCAACCAUCUAAGGGCAAGUUCGAGACAAAGUCAACAGUCUGGGCUGACACUCUUAACAGAGGGCUAGUUGAUUUGAAUAUAUCUGGGCCUAAAACAAAUCCAUUGGCAGAUAUUGGAGUGGAUUUUGAUGCCAUAAAUCGGAAGGAAAAGAGGAUGGAAAAGCCUACUACAACUGCAGUAACUUCUACUAUCACCAUGGGUAAAGCUAUGGGAUCUGGUUCUGGAGUGGGUCGUGCUGGUGCGAGUGCCCUUAGAGCGCCACCGAACCCUAUGAUGGGUUCAGGUAUGGGUAUGAACAAUGCUGGCAUGGGAGGGCCCUAUGGAGGAAUGAAUCAACCCAUGGGAAUGGGAAUGGGAAUGGGCAUGGGCAUGAACAAUGCUGGCAUGAACCCGGGAAUGGGAAUGAACAAUGCAGGCAUGAACCCGGGAAUUGGAAUGGGAAUUGGAAUGGGAAUGGGAAUGGGAAUGGGUAUGGGUAUGGGAAUGGGAAUGAACCCGGGUAUGGGAAUGGGGAUGGGAAUGAAUCCCGGAAAUUUGGGUAUGGGACAAGGAAUGCAAUUUCAACCACCAGGUGGUAUUCGGCCGGGAUCCAAUGCUUCGGGUGGUUAUAAUCCAAUGAUGGGUGGUUACGCCCCCCAGCAAUCAUAUGGUGGUGGCUACCAAUAAACUGUUCAAUAUAUUCAUUUUAGAGUGUAGUAUCAGAUUUACUUGAGAGUUGAAGAUUGGGAGGGGGGGGCAACUUGAUUGUUGCCUUUGGAAGUCCUUCACACUGCACAUCUUGUGAAGAGCAAAAGCUGCAUUUCAUUAUUUUCUAUGAAAGCUGCUCAAUGCGAUGUUCAUUUGCUUAUUCUUUGUAUGUUUUUUCCAUUUCUAACGACCUACCGAGAGUUCUAUAGUUGAGCUAUGGUUGAUUGAUAAUUUUCGUAUUCUCAUCACAAUUUGUAUACAACUGAACAUCGAUAAAUGAGGACAUACCUCGAUUUUUAUUAUCAACGUAAUAUAUGCACAAUACCUCAUUUUGUUCAUGCCA